CCGGAAGUGAAGGGGAGCGAACCGGAAGGGGAGGGGUCGGGAAAGGCCUGUCGGCGGCGAAGAUGCCCGUGGCGGUGAUGGCAGAAAGCGCCUUCAGCUUCAAAAAGUUACUGGAGCAGUGCGAGAACCAAGAGCUGGAGGCUCCUGGAGGAAUUGCAACCCCUGCAGUUUAUUCUCAGCUCCUAGCUUUAUAUCUGCUUCAUAAUGACAUGAAUAAUGCCCGGUAUCUUUGGAAAAGGAUUCCUCCUGCUAUAAAAUCUGGCCAGAACCAGGUUUCUUCUGACAGUGUGUGCAUCUCUGCCCGAAUGAAACAGGAUCCCAUGUCAGAGAAAGAGUUGUAUGUGCACAUUCUCAGUCAGGAUGCAAAUUCUGAACUUGGGGGAAUUUGGUCUGUAGGACAGAGAAUCUGGCAGAGAGACUUCCCAGGCAUCUAUACAACCAUCAGUGCACAUCAAUGGUCGGAACCUAUUCAGCCAAUCAUGGAAGCCCUUAGAGAUGCAACCAGAAGACGAGCCUUUGGACUAGUUUCUCAAGCAUAUACGUCAAUCAUUGCAGAUGAUUUUGCGUCCUUUGUUGGGCUUCCCGUGGAAGAUGCCGUGAAAGGCGUUCUAGACCAAGGAUGGCAGGCCGACUCCACCACGCGGAUGGUCAUGCCCCAGAAACCCGGUGCCCUGGAUGUUUCCUUCAAUAGGUUUAUUCCUUUAUCAGAGCCUGCACCGGUUCCACCAAUCCCUAAUGAACAACAGUUAGCCAGACUGACUGACUACGUGGCUUUUCUUGAAAAUUGAUCUACCCUCUCUGUCUCGCUCUUCAAGACCAAGCCUGCAGUUCUAGAUGUCUGUAUUUUGGUUUUGUUUUCUCUUCAGUUCAUUGAAUUCAACUCUUCCACAUCCCCGGCCGGAAUCUCUGAUAAAAUACAUACAUUAUGUCAAUGAUAUAUAUAUUUUAUCCUUGUACAUUAUGCCAGAACAAUUUCAGUACCCAAAAUACUGGUGGAUUUGGGGCAAACAGUGUGACUUUGGCUUUAUUGCCUCCUGAUUCCUUAAAUGGAGGGUUGGCACUCUAGAUUUACCCAGGAGGAGGUACUGAAAGGUAACAAAUGCCCAAAAAAGGCAAACCAGAUGAAGUCAACAUUAGGUCUUUUGUGCUGGUAUUUUCGGAGCAUCCAUUGCUGGUGGUAGUCAGCGUGCCACGAAGAUGAGCCCUGUCUCAGAAAAAUAGAUGAAACAGAAGAAAAUUGCCCUAGCGCUGCUGUUCUCCAAGGGAAGAGUUUCUUCCCAGAGGCGAGAUCAAUCUUAGGAAGUCACUGACUUGUCAGUGAAAGAACUUGAACAAAAACCUUUCAUUUAUUGGUAGUGUGUUAUUCAAUUGACUCCUCUUUCCAAGUUCUCUUGUUCACACCAGAGUUCUGAACUUGCCCUUUGGUUCAUUCUCUGAACAUCCCUUAUAAAUUAUGGACCCGGAAUUUCUUUAGCACGUGAUUGGCUAUGAGUAAUAUUUUAAGGGGGGGCUAGAAAGUAGUAGUUUUUUUUAAGAGACAGUUGUGUGCAUCUUUGUCGAUUGAGGGCGGGGAGGAGUGUUAAUUAGCAGAAUUUGGGAGACGGCAUCUUCACUGAGAAUGUAGUUGCUGCCCUUAUCGCAAAGGAUGAUGUGCCAGAUCUUAAAACACUGGAAUUGCAUCCUUUGUAUGCACAGGUGAACAGGGCCUGUGUACUUUUUAGAGUCCCGUCUUUAGUAAGUUUAUCAGAGGAUAACUCUGCAAUAUCCUACUUAGUCCAGCUGGAUUCCUGAAGAGUACUAACAGAAAUAGCUCUGAACAUUGUAUACACGGACAAGGAGUUUUGUUCCCAAAUAUCGGACUCCUACAAUCUCCGUUUGCCUCUCCCCACCGACUCCCCUGAGAGGGGAGUCCAAGGAGCUGGGGCUCGAUGGAUACGGGGAGCUAAACAGAAAGAGCGCCAAGCAGAGGAGUGCUCUAAGGUGCCCAGUCAGCGCUCUGAUGAGGAGCACGUUUUGCUAAUCUUGGAAUCGAAUUUCAGCGUCCGUAUUUGAAGGGAAGUAACGUAGAUUUACCUUUCCUUGUCUUCCUGUGGUUAAAAAUAACACUGAAAAACAGUGGUCUUUAAAGGACAGUGCAUUCUUUCACCUCUUCUCCUUUUGUGGGAGUGAAUUCAACAGAACCUCAUUAAUUCAGUUUCAUUUGUGCAGGUGGGCAAUGACAGAUUGCUGAUGUUUGAAGUGAGAUUUCUCCAGUGCACUGUGCUACUGUACAUUUUUAUUAUUUUAUUUGGGUUGGAAGAGGGCCUAAAUUGUGCACUGGUGCUUUACGAGCCCAUCAAAUGUACAUGACAAUUAAUCUCAAAGGAUUAUUUAUUUGAAACCCAUUUGUCUUGGAUCUCUAUAUAAAUAAUGGAUGCAAAUGUAAUAUGUGACAUUAAAUACGUUUACACUAA